AUGUCACGAGACUUUUCAUCUUCGCCGGCAAGGAGAAAAGAGAAGCCUCAGAAUCCUGAUGAUGAUGAGACGGCAGUGCGGGAGGAAGUUAAGGAGGAGCAAGAUGGCAAGAGCCCACGAGAUUCACAACGGGUACUAGAUGGACUAUUGGGCAAGAGCAAGUCUUCAGAGCCAACGCCCAUUCCAGGAUCGGAUGGCAAGGCAUCCAGUGCUGGCAGUGCGGGCAGCGGAGAGUCAGGCAAUGGCGGCGAUGGCGGCAACCGGAGACGGAAGUCAUCCGGAAAGGAAUUGGCGAAGCCUCACGUGCCCGAUGUGUAUCCCCAAGUGCUUGCUAUACCCAUCGCACAGAGGCCGUUGUUCCCGGGAUUCUACAAAGCGAUUACUAUUCGAGACCCUAACGUCGUAGCAGCUGUCCAAGAGCUGCUGAAGAGAGGGCAGAGCUAUGUGGGCGCUUUUCUGCUCAAGGAUUCCAACAGCAGCCAAGACGUCAUCAACGAUCCGAGCGAGGUGUACGAUGUAGGGACAUUCUGCCAGGUCACCGGAGCAUUUCCUGCUGGCCAUAAAGAGGAACAGGCCCUCUCAGCUGUACUGUACCCACACAGAAGAAUCAAGCUGAGCGAGCUGAUCCCACCGAAUCGUGGCCCACCGGCAGCGCCAGAAGCAGAAUCGGCUCAAGCAGCGAAAGCAACGAUCGAGAGCGUAACAUCCGAAGAACCAACAAAGCCAGCUGAGGGCGAAGAGAAGAGGGGCGACGUUGUCGCAAGUUUCGAAGAGCAGCAGAUCGCAGAGAAGGAGCAACAAUCGCAGAUCAGUCAGCCUACCGACUUUCUGCGAUCUUGGCCCGUUAGUCUGGUGAAGGUGGAUAACUUGGCAGACGAGCCGUACGAUAAGAAGGCGCCCACGACAAGAGCAUUGAUCUCGGAGAUUGUCAACACGUGCAAGGAGAUCGCCAACGCCAACCAGCUGUUCCGCGAUCAUGUCUCUGCGUUUGCCAUGUCUCAAUCUGCCGCGAACAUUGCAGAUGAGCCUGCAAAGCUUGCCGACUUCGCAGCUGCUGUAUCCGGGGGGGAAAUGGAAGAGACGCAAGCAGUGCUUGAGUCUUUGAACAUCGAGCAGCGACUCAGCAAGGCAUUGGAGCUCAUCAAGAAAGAGUUCAUGAAUGCGCAAUUGAGCCAGAAGAUCUCGAAGGACGUGGAGGGCAAGAUCCAGAAGCGUCAGCGAGAAUACUGGUUGAUGGAGCAAAUGAAGGGUAUCAGGCGGGAGCUUGGCCUUGAAAGUGACGGCAAGGACAAGCUUGUUGAGAAGUUUAAAGAGAAGGCCGACAAGCUCGCCAUGCCUGAAGCUGUCAGGAAAGUCUUCGAUGAGGAGGUCAACAAGCUUGCACACUUGGAACCGGCAGCAAGCGAGUUCAACGUGACGAGGAAUUAUCUGGACUGGCUAACCCAGAUUCCGUGGGGCCAAAGGAGCGCCGAAAAUUUCGGCAUUCAGCACGCAAAGGAUGUUCUGGACGAAGACCACCACGGUCUCAAGGAUGUCAAGGAUCGCAUCCUGGAGUUCAUCGCAGUUGGAAAGCUACGAGGUACAGUAGAGGGCAAGAUUCUCUGCAUGGUCGGCCCACCCGGUGUCGGCAAGACGAGUAUCGGCAAGUCCAUUGCUCGCGCGCUCAACAGACAAUACUACCGCUUCAGUGUUGGCGGUCUAACAGAUGUUGCUGAAAUUAAAGGCCACCGAAGGACAUACGUUGGUGCUCUGCCUGGACGUAUUAUCCAAGCUCUCAAGAAAUGCCAGACGGAGAAUCCACUUAUCCUGAUUGAUGAAGUCGACAAGAUUGGUCGCGGCCACCAGGGAGACCCUUCAAGCGCACUGCUGGAAUUGUUGGACCCUGAGCAAAACAACUCUUUCUUGGAUCAUUAUAUGGACGUGCCAGUCGAUCUGUCGAAAGUACUAUUCGUCUGCACUGCAAACAUGACUGACACCAUUCCGAGACCGCUUCUUGACCGCAUGGAGAUGAUCGAGCUUUCAGGAUACGUGUCUGAUGAGAAAAUGGCAAUUGCAGAACGAUAUUUGGCUCCUCAAGCAAAAGAGCUGAGUGGUCUGAAGGAUGUCGAUGUUGCAUUGGACAAGGAGGCCAUCUUGGAGCUCAUCAACAAAUACUGCCGAGAGUCUGGUGUCCGAAACCUCAAAAAGCAGAUUGAAAAGGUCUACCGGAAAUCGGCACUCAAGAUCAUUCAAGAUCUUGGUGAGGAAGUUUUGAGUGAGGAGAAAGCACUCACAGAUGAAGGCAAGGCUGCCGCUGCAGAAGCCGAGAAAGAUCAGUCGGAUCCAAAGGAUACGCCAGACAACAUCGAGAAGGAGACUACCGAGAAACCCCGUGUGGCAUUGAAAGUGCCCGAGUCUGUUCAUGUCAAGAUUGACAAAGAUAACCUAAAGGAUUACGUCGGUCCACCAAUCUUCACCUCGGACAGGUUAUACGACACAACGCCGCCCGGUGUCGCAAUGGGCCUCGCAUGGACACAGAUGGGAGGUGCCGCUCUAUACGUGGAGUCUAUUUUGGAAAACGCUCUGUCGUACAACUCUCGACCUGGUCUUGAGCGAACGGGCAACCUGAAGAAUGUCAUGAAGGAGUCAACCUUAAUUGCCUACUCCUUCGCCAAAGGGUUGAUGGCGAAGCAUUUCCCUGGCAACAAGUUUUUCGAAAAGGCACGGAUACAUCUGCACUGCCCCGAAGGUGCUGUACAGAAAGAUGGACCGAGCGCUGGUAUUACGAUGGCGACUUCAAUUCUAUCGCUUGGUCUGGAUAAACCUUUGGAUCCUACGAUUGCCAUGACUGGUGAGCUUACUGUUACUGGUAAGGUGCUGAGAAUUGGAGGCUUGAGAGAAAAGACCGUUGCUGCAAGGCGAGCGGGCGCGAGGAUGGUCGUGUUUCCAAGGGACAAUCUGAGCGAUUGGCUUGAGUUGCCUGAGGUAAGUUGUGCCCUCUGCUGUCAUCAAAGCUUUGAGUGAACGAGAGCUGACGAUGACGCACAGAAUAUCAAAGAAGGUAUCGAAGGCAAACCAGUCGACUGGUACUCGGAUGUCUUCAAGCUGGUCUUCGCCGACGUAGACGAGGCGGAUGCUAACAACCUUUGGAAGAAAGAACUCGCCAAGCCGCCGAAGGAAGAGAUCGAGAAGCAGAGCGAAUCGGAGAACUGA